UGUGUUUACAUGCUCUGAUUCAAGGGAAGCGUCAUUGAUAGAGUGCAUCAGACUAAAUGUAUGCUUUUAAUUCUUACUGUCUUGAGCAUUUAAAGUGUCACACUGGCAAAGCCAGAUCUGUUUUUGUGUUUCCCUGAAGAAGCUCAUUAUGGAUAAUCGCUGUUAUGGCUGUGCAUCGAAGUUCAGUCUCUUCAGAAAAGAGUUGGGUUGUAAAAGCUGUGGUCAUUCUUUCUGCUCUGGGUGUCUGACAUUCAAUGCCGUGGUGCCAAAAUAUGGAAAUAGCCAGCAGAAAGUCUGCAAACAGUGUUUUGGAAACCUAACAAGUUCAGGCAACCAGAAUGAUGCUGGUAGAUGGUCCCCACCUGAAAACUACAAAAAGCGAGUUGCUGCUCUUGAAGCCAAACAAGCUCAGCAGAAUCAGCCUUCCAGACCUGCAGGAGGAAAAAGCAGCAGUGUGAGUCUGGUUUCAACCAGAGGACUCAGUAAAGAGGACCAGAUCAUCGCAGAACGACUCAACAAGCUGAAAGAGGAAACCAAGCCAAAGUCAAUACCGUCAGAGAAGGAGCUGGAGUCUCGUCUCGCUGCCUUAAAAGCCCCGAUUCAGCCCGUGCCAUCAGCCAAAGACAUGGAGGAGCGUUUGGCUGCCUUACAGGGACGACCGUCGCCUUCUCAAGCCCCACAGCCUGUUCAUCAGCCGCCCGACGGCAGGACUCAGACAGAGCAGACCAAUGAUUUGAUCACACAGAUGACAGAGGAAGUUGCUAUUGAUAACCAGCAGGCAUCUUCAGAGGAUACAGACGGACCGUUAAACGAUCUUAAUAAACAAGAGGGCGGGGGCAUAAAUGAGAACGUGGAUGACGGAGAGAUGUCAGUCAAACAGCUGGAGGCGGAGAAGAGUCGUGUGCUGGAGGAGGCCAUGCAGGAGCUGAAGAAAGACAAACACGACCAGCACCAGAUGCUGGAAAUGGCCAAGAGACUGGCUUUACUGCAGGGACGGGAUCCUGAGCAGGUCAGACUGACGGAUUUCCAGCAGCCUGACAGUGAUGAGGAGACGGAGGAAGAGGCCAUCAGCAGGGUGCUGAAACAGUUAUCAGAGGAAGCAGCUAUAGAUGAGGCCAGCGGCUACAACAUCCCACCAGAGCUCAGCGGCCCAAUGAACAGAGAGAAAGACGCGUCCAGCAGGAAACCGCUCUCAGCGCCGCGGUCUAAAUCAAAGCCAGCAGCUGCUGUCUCACAGAUUCGGCGCUUAAAUGAUGAAGAUAGUGAUGGGGACGAUGAUGAAGAGCUGCCGUGGUGCUGCAUCUGUAAUCAGAACGCCACCAUUCGCUGCCACACGUGUGAGCGGGAUCUGUACUGCGCACGCUGCUUUAGGGAAGGUCACGACAAAUACGACAGAAAAGAGCAUCACACUUCCUCAUACACGGCUCCUAAGAAAGGCAAGAAGAAAACCUGAACCUCCAUGAGCAGCAUAUGGUUUAGGAGAUUAACUUAUUUAAUUGUAGCCAGCAGAAAAUAAUAAUGUCGCUUCAAUGUGUUUCUGACAACACAGCAGCCUUAGACUCAAGAUUGUUCAGUCUUAAAUAAUUGUAUUGUCAUGGUUGGGGGAAUGAAUAGACUCGAAGAAGCUUAAAGGGUUACUCCACCCCAAAAUGAAAAAUUUGUCAUUAAUCACUUACCCCCAUGCCGUCCCAAACCCGUAAACGCUUCGUUCGACUUCGGAACACAAUUUAAGAUAUUUUGGAUAAAAGCCAGGAGGAUUUUGACUGCCAGGUAACAUUAAAUACCACUGUCAAGACCCAAAAAAGUAAGAAAGGCAUCGUCAAAAUAGUCCAUCUGCCAUCAGUUGUAUGCUUAGAAAAUAAAAAUAAUGACUUUAUCCAACAAUUCCUCUCAUCUGCAUCACCUUAGCGCCAUUUUGGAUAACAUCCCCUGUACGCAAACAGCGUACGUUUUCUCCGUUUAUUUACACUUUGAUUCAACCGAAAACAGCGUAUCCGCGUGAUGCAGCUGACGGAGAACAGCCUACGCUGUUUGCGUACAGACGAUACUAUCCAAAAUGGCGCGAUGGUGACGCGGAGGAGACGAAUUGUUGAAUAAAGUCGUUGUUUUUGUUUUCUUUGCGUACAAAAAGUAUUUUUGUAGCUUCGUAAAAUUAUGGUUGAACCACUGAUGGCUGAUGGACUAUUUUGACGACGUCUUUCAUACUUUUCUGGGUCUUGACAGUGGUAUUUAAAUGGAAGUCAACGGGACAGUUUCAAACCUCCCGCUUUUCAUCCAAAAUAUCUUAAAUUGUGUUCCGAAGAUGAACGAAGAUUUUACGGGUUUGGAACGACUUGGGUAAUUGAUUAAAAGACACAAUUUUCAUUUUGGGUGGAGUGACGCUUUAAAGAAGAAGUUCCAGAACAACUAUUUACAAAUAAUUUAACGUUACUCACUCCCUUGUCAUCCAAGAUGUUCAUGUCUUUCUUUCUUCAGACGUAAAGAAAUUAUGUUUUUUGAGGAAAACAUUUCAGCUUUUUUCUCCAUAUAAUGGACUGAUAUGGUGCCCUGAUUUUGAACUUACAAAAUGCAGUUUAAAUGCGGCUUCAAACGAUCCCAAAUGCGGUUGUAAACGAUCCCAGCCGAGAAAGAAGGGUCUUUUCUAGCGCACCGAUUGGUUAUUUGAAUAAAAAUAAUACAAUUUAUAUACUUUUUAAUGGCAAACGCUCGUCUUGUCUUACUCUGCCUGGACUGUUUUUGUUCCGGUUCAUGACGGUUAGUGUAUGUCGAAAAACUCCCAUCUCAUGUUCUCCCUCAACUUCAAAAUCGUCCUAUAUCGUUGUUUUAGCUUUUUUGUUAAGGGUGUUUGAUCUUCUUUGCAUGUUCACUUUGCAAACACUGUGUCGGUACUUCUGCAGCGAUGUAGGAUGAUUUUGAAAUGAUUUUUGAAGUUGAAAAUACGAUUGGCGUUUUUAGACAUACCCUAACUGUCUUGAGUCAGAAUACACAGAGUUCAGGGAGAGAAAGACAAAACGGGCAUUUGAGAUAAAAAAAAAAAAAAAGUAUUUAAAUUGUAUUUUUUUUAAAAAUAACCGAUCGUUUCACUAGAUAAGACCCUUCUUCCUCCACUGGGAUUGUUUACAACCUCAUCUGGGAUCGUUUGAAGCCGCAUUUAAACUGCAUUUUGGAAGUUCAAAAUCGGGGCACCGAUGGAGAAAAAUGCUGAAAUGUUUUCCUCAAAAAACAUAAUUUCUUUACGACUGAAGAAAGAAAGACAUGAACAUCUUGGAUGACAAGGGGGUGAGUACAUUAUGUGAAUCUUUGUUUUAGAAGUGGACUUCUCCUUUAAGAAAUGAUUGGUUUGUGUUAGCUUUGAAGGGUCAGAUUGUAAUAUGACGAUGUGUAAAAAUAAAACUGGACUUAAAACUUCCAUAAAACACUUGGGCGGACAGCAAGUCAUGCGCUCUAGAAAACUAGUUAUUGUUUUAUUGUUUUACCUGCGUCUGAUCUGUAUUUUGGCCGUUCGUGUUUUGCAUUAUAUCCGUUGUAAACGUGCUCUCAUUCAUUUACACACUAAUCUCUAACUGCAUUAUAAUGAAUGCAUUCAUAAUGAAUGCAUGAAUUAUGAAUUCAUAAUAAACACUCACACUUCAUAGUUUUAUUUGUUAUGGGUUUCUCUUUCUCCGGAAUCUGAUCUGGAAUCAGCUUGUUUUCUUUAUGUUUUCAGUAGAAGUUGUUCUGAGCAGCUCUUUACGUGGCAUCUUCUCUUUGUUGGCAUUUUCAUGUUGUCAUGAAUAAUUCAAAGGCGAGUAUUGAGGGUGAGCAGAGCGCUGUCAGAGAUGUAUGACAGGAAGUCCAGUGCAUUAGUGUUCAAUACUGGCAUUUAAGAUGCUACAUGACUCUAUCACCUUGUACUUGCUGCAUUUUUGUGGGUGAUUUAUCUGUUGCCAUCAGCAUUGGUAGAGAUAACAAAAAGACAAAAUUAAAAAUAAAUGGAAAAAUUGAAUGUA